ACCCACCCCAUUCAACUCUUGUACUCUAUUUGUUUACGUUUCUCUGAGUCCAUAUCUUCAAACCUCUCAACUGGCUUCUUUCAUUCUUUCGUUCUUUAAAUAACCUCAAGCAACCCAUUCUUCUCGACAUAUAUCUCUCUCUAGUCUCUCCGUCACUCUACUCUACUUGGAGACUCCAUUUUGAGAAUUUGAUCAAACACCAUAAGUGUAAAAAAAUCAUUGUUAUAGAAUGUCACCAGAUCAAACACCAAACAGUUCAGACGGAGAAAGUAGUACUACUAGAACUAGUAACUUAGCUGAAGUUUCAUAUUUAUCUUCUCAAUUUGACCAACAACAACAGAUUAAGAACCUUGCCAUCUCAAAUCAAGAAAAACACCAAGUAUCCGAGGAACCUACUGAUGAGCCCAAGACAGGAAAAAGAAUGAGAGAUGGUGGGAAACAUCCAACAUAUAGAGGAGUAAGAAUGCGCAGUUGGGGUAAAUGGGUAUCAGAAAUUAGAGAACCGAGAAAGAAAUCAAGGAUCUGGCUUGGUACAUUUCCGACACCGGAAAUGGCAGCAAGAGCACAUGAUGUAGCUGCUUUGAGUAUCAAAGGUAAAUCUGCCGUUCUUAAUUUCCCCGAAUUCGCUUCUUCAUUACCUCUUCCAGCUUCUACUUCACCUCGUGAUAUCCAAGCUGCUGCUACUAAAGCUGCAACAAUGGAAAACUUAAAUAAUUCAGUAUCAUCACCGUCUCCGUCAUCAACAGCCUCACCCUCAUCAACAUCAACGUCGUUUUCAUCUUUGUGUUCGACUACUCCAACAACGGCUACAUCCUCUUUUCCCGGCACUCCGGAAAAUCUUACAACAACAACCGACGAUGAAUUAACUGAAAUUGUUGAAUUACCACAACUAAGUUCUUAUUUCGACGAAUCACAGCAAAACGAGUACAUCUUUGUCGAUGAUUCUUCUAUUGAUAGUGAUUGGUUCUAUCCGACUCCAUGGCUACAAAGUCCUAGUGAUGAUUAUUUUAGAAGUGCCGUGAAGAAUAUAUGCACACGGAUGACGUGAAGACUAUAUGCACACGAAUACCGUACAUGGUUGCUUGACAAACAAGCAUAGAAGUUUCGAGAAGGUGUUUUUUUGUUCAGGAAAGACUUGAAUCUGAAGUUUACUUUGUCUAGAAGUUUUGAUUAUUUAGGAGUUUGAGUUUUA